AAAAAACCGGGUUGUGAAAACAGCAACAACAAAUAAACAGAGAUUAAAACAACAAAUCACCACGCAAAUUGUCAACUAUUUUCACUAUUUUUUUAAAAGUGCGAUAAUCAAACCAAAAAUAAGCGCAAAAAGUGAGGAGAAAUACAAAGUAACCCCGUGGUAAACAGAAAAAAGUGCACUUACUCAGGAAAAUAAUGUUAAAUUCGACUAAAAUCAGCGAUUAGGAAAUUUAAACUAAAAAGUACACAAAGCUGUCGGAAGAGGAAGCAGAGAAGGAAAAAGAAGAAGCAAAAGCAGAAGAACAGUCAAUUUGAAGACUAUUCUUCUCACUAGCCAGCGUUAUUUUCGUUUUUCGCCAUUCAAUGUGAUUGGCCUCAUCAACUAAAAACAUAAAACACCAAAAUCAAAACUGUAACCUUAAAUAAAACAACAUAAGCAAGCAAGAACCACCGAAAACUAAACAGCAUCAACAGCGGCAAAAACUCACCAAUUUCAACAAUUAAAUUCAACAACCAGAAGAAUCAAAAACAGAACACCCCCCAAAACGCCAACAAUUGCAACCAUAACUACAUAUUUUCAAAAAUACUUUCUACAAUACAAAACCUUUCAACAACAAUUUUAGAAAGCUGAAAAUUCAACAAUAAUACCAAAUUUUAAGAACUGUUAUAAAAUAUUUGGUAAACAAUAGUAUCCAAAACGUUCAACAACAAUUAAUUCCAAAAAAUAUUCAACAACAAUUUUCACAAUAACUGUAAAAGUGUCGCGAUAUAAAGCUGCCUCUAUCCUGCUAUCUCGCGUAUAUUCCUAUUUACGUAGUGUGCGUGUGUUUUUUUUUCCAACAUAUAUAGUUUUGUUACGAUACGUGUUCGUCCUUGUUACGUUCGUGUGUUCGUGUGUCAGUGUGCGAGAGAAGAGGGAGUACGCUAGUUUGUGUAUGCUAUGUCAGGGAUGGGGGGCAUUAAUUCGCUCCUCCAGGCGGCUAAAUUUCUCGAGCAACAUGAGAAGCUCCCGCUGGCGGGAGGCGGAGGCGGCAUUGGCGUUUUGGGCGUGGCCCUGCCUCAGCAGCAACAGCCGCUGCUCCACUGCAAGAGCAUCUCCAUUAUUAACAACAACAAUAGCAGCCAGCACAAUAGAAAUAGCAGCAUCAGCAGUAACGGGAUUAUUGCAACGCCACCGUUUACGAACGGAAAUGGUAACGGGAUAGUCGGCAUUGGUAACGUGAACGUUAACGUUAAUGCUAACUCUAACGUUAACGUCAAUGGAAACAACGGUAACGGUGUGAGCAAUGGCCACAGCAGUCCGCGCAGUCAAUUAGCCGCUGCCCACGAUUACGAGUAUAAUGGCAGCGCAGUCGUUAACGGACACAGCGAAGGUCGCCUCCACAUCUCAGAGGAUAAUAAGUCCUCAAUCAACAACAACAACAACCAGAACAAUACCCAAUCCCCACAACAACAACAACCACAUAAUGCAGCGGGGACAGCAACAACAACAGCGGCAGCAGCAACAACAAAAUCGAUGGGAAAUUCAAACUCACCCGCCAAAACAUUCUCACCCACAACCACCACCCACUCACCCGCCCCUUCUGCCUUUAUGUUGCUGGCAGCGGCAGCAGGAUCAACAAAUGCAACUGCAAUUGCAACUGCAACAUCUGCAACACCUGCAUCAGCAACAUCUACUGCUGCUGCGCCAGCAGCAUCAGCAACAGCAUCCAAUCCUGCCAAGCACAAACUAAGUCCCGUUGCCGAAAUAUCGCCAAAAUUUAUAUUUGUAUCGGAUGCCAAUGGGGUUUAUCCCACGCCCGCAAAUCAUAAUGCCAACGGCGAUUCGCUGCUCUUGGGUUCGCAGAAUAUGCAAAAACGACGCUUGCCACAGCAGCGACAGUUGCAGCCACAGCAGUCACUUCAUCAGUCUCGUAGUUUGCAACCGGCGAACAUUUCUUUAACACCACCUCCAACAGCCACACGAACAGUGGACACUGGCAAUUCACGGAUACGCUGCUAUUCACUGUCCAAUGCCAUUUCAGCGUCCAGGGAUCAACAGGAUCAUCAUCACCAUGCCAACCAUCUGCCAUUCCAGCAGCAACUUAGCUUUGUGAGAGGCGGCAAUAGUUGUGUGGUCUAUGGUUUACCAUCGGACUCUGUCGACUCUGCUACUGCAGCGUCUACGAGUGGAUCGGGAACGGGUACGGGAGCGAUGUCCAUGAAUAUUGCCUCCUCGGCACCAGCAGCGGGAUCUCAGUUGACAGCGCAUCAUCACACGGGACACGGCGGUCGCAGGCGCACCACCAGUUCCAACAGCAAUGGAGCGGGCACUCGGGAGGUGCACAAUAAGCUGGAAAAGGAGCGGCGAGCCCAGCUGAAGGAGUGCUAUGACCUGCUUAAAAAGGAGUUGCCCAUGCGGGAUGAGGACCGUAAGAAGACCUCCAACUUGACAAUACUCGAUACGGCCCACAAAUAUGUCAAGCAAUUGACGCAACUUGAUCGCGAACAGGAGGCGGAGGUGGAGAAGCUGGCGAAACAGAAGAUUGAGCUUCAAAAGCGGCUAAAGCUAUUGAGUUUAAGGAGGGAAACGCCACCCACCGAUCAGCAAAGCAUUCCACAGGCUGACAAAGCCGUUUGCCUGGCAACAACAACAACAACCACACCAGCACCACCAACGGCGGCCAGUGGUCGGAAUGGAACCACAAUUCUAUUCGAUGCAGGCAAUGCCUGUGCCACUGGGCACCUAACAACUGUGAUAAACAAAAAAAAUGCCACACCAGCCGUAGCAACAUCAGCAGCAGGAGUAACCGCAUCAGCCAGCAGCAAACUCAAUGGCAACCACACAGGAGGAGCAACGACCACACUGACUCCGGCCAUGGGCAUCAUGACAAUUAAGAAUGGCAACAGCAACAUACUGGCAAUCUCACCAACUGCAAUCCAACAGCAGCAGCAGCAUCAGCAGCUAAACAAUGGUAGCCCAGCGGGUAGUCCAUCGGCAAAUGGAACGACAACUGGAGCUACCAUUAUACGUGGCUCGCCAACGCCAUCAACACCAUCGCCAUCGCCCAGCUCUUCGUCCAGUGGCGUUUCGUCGUCGGCUUCGUUUAUGGGCGGUGGCUCCUCAUCAUCGUCCUCCUCCUCAUCAUCAUCGUCAUCGUCCUCCUCCUCAUCAUCGUCAUCAUCUAGUUCGACGUCCAGUUCGUCAUCGCCUACGCAACAACAACAGCAGCAGGGCACCUCGCCCACGGCUACCGCCCAUUUGGUAGGCACACGUAAUGUUGGCCUUAAAUUCCAUGGCGGUGCAGGUGGUGCGGCUAACGCUUUGAGUGGCGGUGCCACAAUCGUGGCCGCUGCUGUGCCAACUGGCGGUGGAUCAGCGAAUGGUUUCCAUCAGGCGGACAAGGAUCGCAAUUACAAUUACCUGAUGCUCAGCGCUGGGACAACGGCACAGUAAAUCAACAUCAACAACAAACACCUACAACAAUAAUGGAAACAACAACCAAACAACUGAAUUGUGUGCAACAGCUCCCACCUUAUAAAGAAUUAAACAACAACUAGAAAAAGGUUCUCUAAAAACUCUUUUUUUCUUAAAACAAAAUACAAAACAAAAUUAGCAAA